AUGGGACCAUUACGUUAUUUUCUUGGAAUGGAAAUUGGACGUUCCAAAGCAGGGAUCCAAAUCUGCCAGCGCAAAUAUGCACUGGAUGUACUCUCGAAAAUAGGCCUCCUUGCAGCAAAACGCAAAUAUGCACUGGAUGUACUCUCGAAAAUAGGCCUCCUUGCAGCAAAACCCUCCCCAUUGCCAAUGGAACCAAACAACAAACUCAAGAAAGAUGAAGGUAAUUUUUUCCAUGACCCUACACUCUAUCGGAAAUUAGUUGGCAAACUACUUUAUUUGACCAACACAAGGCCGGAUUUGAGUUAUAGUGUCAACUUGCUAAGUCAAUUUAUGGGAAAUCCACGCAUUCUGAAUUAUGAUGCUGUGAUCAAAGUUCUUAAAUAUAUUAAAGGAACCCUUGGCCAGGGUAUUUUUCUCCCUGCUAGUUUGAAUUUGGAGCUUGUAGCAUAUGCCGACGCCAAUUGGGCAAAUUGCCCAGACACACGACGGUCCACCAUCGGAUUUUGUGUAUUCAUUGGGACCUUUCUGAUUUCAUGGAAAUAA